UCCUUUACUAUCCCAUUUCUAAUUCAGUUACUUGAUUACGAGACGAGUGAUAAGAGCGUAGAUGAUAUAUAUUUAUUGUUAUCAGCUUAAUCAUUCAGUAUUUAGUGAUACCAUGUGCGUGUUGUGUCGUUAAUGUGAUUUUGUCAAUUUAAAUUUCGCUCUUACAAUGGCUGGUAUUUUAUCCCUGGUUUGGUUUAUCGGUUCCGUUUUAGUAACGCCGUUUUUGGUGAUUUUAUUAUGUAUUGUAUUCCUUGCAUCAAUUGGAAAAUCCUUAGGCGUUAGGAGACUUUAUGUUAAACUUCUUUUAAUCAUAUUUGAGUACGGUCGUGCAAACAUUGAAACCGCUCAAAAUCAAGCACACAGAAACGAAGACAGCGACGAUGAAAUCACUGCCCCCAACAACAACACCGCCAAAGACCAACUCAUCAAACCGCCAAACGGAAUCAAAAAACCCAACAAUGGCUACGUGCCAAACGAUAACUCGGUUAUAAGCAGGGAUGAUAAACUGAUCUUGUUGCCGGAACCUUUACAGAAAAAGGACGAAAUAACUGGCGAAAUAACCGAAUCUAAGGACGAAUACAAGGAAUAUAAUUUGAGCAGUAUUUUUGAUUAUUUGAAGGCCGGCAUGGAAGCCAUCAUCGAGGAUCAAGUCACGUCGAGGUUUGAAGCUGAAGAAUUGAAGAAUUGGAAUUUAUUGAUUCGAACGAAUCGGAGAUACGAAUUUAUUUCGUGGAAACUUACCGUGAUAUGGGUGUGCGGAUUUUUCGUCAGAUAUUUCUUCCUGUUUCCGUUGCGUGUCACCAUUUGCUUUUUUGGGUGCGUUUGGAUGCUGGGCUCCACUCCGUUGUUGGGGGCCUUACCUGACAAUUCCUUCAAGCGUUGGAUCAACUCGAAAGCCUACAUAAUAGCCUUCCGUAUUAUGGCCCGUUCCCUAACUGGCGUAAUUCGCAUUCAUAAUAAGCAAUACAGGCCAGCGAGGGGUUCCGUGUGUGUAGCCAAUCACACCACCCCUUGCGACGUUGUUAUUUUAUCCACAGAUAAUUGUUACUCGUUGGUGUGGUGGUUGACGCUGUGUACGGCCUUAGUUGGGUAUGUGAAGGAGGGCAGUUUUAAACAAAAAUUAAACAAGUACGUGUCAAUUAUGUGCUUUGGAAUUUUGUCCAAUGCGAUAUCGUCAGUCAUUACGUAUCAUAACGAAGAGAAUAAGCCGAAAAAUGGGAUCUGUGUCGCCAAUCAUACGUCGCCGAUUGAUGUACUUAUAUUGAUGUGUGAUAAUUGUUAUUCUUUGAUUGGUCAAAGUCACGGCGGUUUUUUGGGCAUUUUGCAGCGAGCUUUAGCUCGCGCCUCUCCACAUAUCUGGUUUGAAAGAUCCGAAGUUAGGGAUCGCCACGCAGUUGCCAACAAGUUGAAAGAGCACGUGUCCAAUCCGAAAAACCCCCCGAUUUUGAUAUUCCCCGAGGGCACUUGUAUCAACAACACGUCGGUAAUGCAGUUCAAGAAAGGUAGUUUUGAAGUUGGUAGUGUUAUCUAUCCAGUGGCUAUAAAAUACGAUCCACGAUUCGGCGAUGCUUUUUGGAACAGUAGUAAAUACUCGAUGAUGCAAUAUUUGUACAUGAUGAUGACCAGUUGGGCGAUUGUUUGUGAUGUCUGGUAUUUACCCCCAAUGCAGCAAGAAGAGGGCGAAAGUGCUAUAGAUUUUGCGAAUCGAGUCAAAAGUGUGAUAGCUAAGCAGGGCGGUUUGGUCGAUCUAGUCUGGGACGGCCAACUCAAACGCACAAAACCAAAGAAAGAAUGGCGCGAACGGCAACAAGAAGAGUUCAGUAAACGACUUAAAAUAGAAUAGACCCUUGCAGUAUCUUAUUUUAAUUCUGUUAUUUUCAUUUUUUUACACAUCUAGUCUCAUAAUUUUUCAAUUUGUUUCAUCGUGAUAGCGUAAGUAGAGUAAUUUGGAGCAAUUUUUUGGCCUAAAUGUUAUUUGUUUGGUGGCGCCCGUAAUGGUCCGAUUUGAUGCUAAAGUCUUCAAGUUGCUCACAUCAGUGUCAAAAUUCAUGUAAGAAAUCGACAAUAUAAUGAACUGUCUUUUUUUGUCCACAAAGCUUCUAAAUGUUGUACAGUACUGGAAAUGCAUUUAUUUGGAGAAGAGGCCUUUUCUAACUGUAUAAAAUGUAUAUUUGGCUACGAUUUUUAGUAGUUUUAGUUUUAGUAUUUAUUACAGUGUAAAUAUAAUUGUACAUUAUAGUUUUGUAUUAUUCCUUGUAAUAAAUACGGAUUUACUUUUUUUCUA